GAAAACAAAAUGAUCUGUAAAUUGUUUCAUGGAGCACAUUUAAAUCAACAUUUUAUACAGCUUUUAACUGAAUUUUUCAUAGUUUAACCAAGUGUUUUGGCAGAGGAUCUAAACAAAACGGCCAGUUCUCUAACCCCAAUAAACUUGUCUAGGGCAUCAGUGUGGAAAACAUCCUUAUGUAGGCACACUUUCUCUGGGUGAAUCUGCAGUGACUAUAGGACUUUGCUGGUGGGACUCCAUCCUUCAUUCGUCAUCAUGAAGACACGUCGAUAGAGAUUUCUUCAACUGCUUGGCGUCAAUUAGUCUAGCCUACGGCUGACUGUCCUGGACCCCCGUUAAAGUGUCUUACUGCAGCUGGAGUUCAGUAAACACACGCUCAACGACGGUUGUAAAUCAACUUCUUAUACACACUCAAAAUAAUACAAACAUUGUCAUCAGUACCUGACAUUUCCCUGUCUUCAACUAACACAGGCGUCAUGACGUUGAGCAAUCGGUAUGGAAGAAAAACAACGAGGGUGUGUUUAUUUGAAGACUCGUGAAAAUGGUAAAUGAUUGAAUCCAACCGAAACACUUUAAAAGAAAGUGUUUAGCUGUUUCACAAUUGAACACUUGUUUUUUUAACACUUGAAAAGAGCAUUAAACAUAUAGGAAAGUUGGAAACCAUAAGCUCUAAUUUGUUACCAAUUUUGCUGUUUGACACUGCCCACAGUUUACUAGUAAACACCAACAUGCUGGAAAGAAAUGUCACUGUAGUAAAAGUAAUUCUAUUCAUCUUAGAAGGAGCCGACAAGGAGGAAGCCCUUAUAUAGCCACUAUGCAUUUCCUACCAUGGGCUUUUCACAUUCUCCAGGUCCUGACAAUUUUAUGUUAUUAUAAACUCCUUAGAAUCGACCUGACUCAUCCUUAUACCGUCAAUCCCUGUGACCUCCCCCUGACGUUCUCCAUUACCUCCUUUAUAAGGAUGCACACCGUGCUACAUUUUAGAAUUUGGGGUGAAGACAGCUUUGUAGCUCUAUUUAUUUGUUAUUUAUUUCAUUUAUUCUGUUGGUAUAUCCAGAAACAUUGCAGAACCAGAUUUCUUUUCUUUUUUUUGUGCAAGAGCUCUCUCGUCAAUUUCAUCUCGCAAAUGUCCUUGUGUGCACACAUCUCCCUGUUCUCCUGCUCCCUUCUGGGCCUCCUAUCUCUCUCUAUAUCAUCAUAUAUUCCUGACUCCAACCCACUCCUGCUCUUCAAUGAUCAAGUCAGAGAAAGACAUCUCUACACAGAUAAUCAAAGAAAAGAACUGUUUCUGGAGAUGACCCCAGAUGGAAAAGUGACAGGAAGCCCUGCUCAGACCUCUCACAGUGUGUUGGAGAUGAGGUCAGUUCGAGAAGGUGAGACAGUUAUCAAGGGUGUGUCCUCAUCCCUUUUCCUCUGUGUGGACAGCAUUGGCCAGUUGAGGGGACAGAGCCACUACACAGAGGCUGACUGCACCUUCAGAGAGCUGCUGCUAGCUGAUGGAUACUCUCGUUUCUUCUCUUCACAUCACAAACUUUAUGUGUCCCUCACCUCAAAAGGCUCCACACCGCAACAUGGGCUCCCGUUCCAUCGGUUCCUACCCCUGAGAAACAUUUUGGUAUCUAGAAGUAUGACGAAUACAGCUGAAAAUCAACAACAGAAUGAGCAACAGCUUGACCUGGACUCAGAUAACCCUUUCGGCAGGGGUCUCACUGGUGUUGUCAGUCCACAGUUCUCCAGGGAUAAGUGAAGUUGAAAAUUGAGUUUGUUGAUGGAAGUAUACAAUGAACCAAGUAUAUUUAUUUAAAGGUAUACUGGAUUGUAUAACCAUGUUAAUUCCUAAAGUGAUUUUUUUCACUUGUGGUAGAAACACUGUUACUUUUAUUGGCCCGUGGCAAAUGUUUUGGUUUGAAGAGUUCAGUAAGUAGAUGGUGAACUUUAGUUCCAUAACUCUGAUGGGACUGACUGGUGUGAAUAUGGUCUCACUUUGAAUGUCAUGUUGAAUAUGUUAUAUGCAGUAUAUUUCUCUCUUGUGUUUUGAAUUCAAGUUUGAAUCAUUGUACUGUAGCUAUAAUUUAUUUGCAUUAUUUAUAUUUUUAAACCUUUUGAAGCCUAAAUGCAACCUAGUCUCAGAUCAUUUCGCUUUAAUCUGUAUGUAAAUCCAAGACACACUUUUUAUUAUGAUCUGUUACAUUUCGUAUGAAUGUAGUACUUUGUGGAGGUCCAGCAUCCAUUUCGUAUUAUAUGUUACAAAUUACAAUUUGUAUGAUAUGAUACUAAUUUGCAAACGUACAAUAUGUAACGCUUUUGAAAAAAUGUAUAUGUUAUCAAUUCCAAUUGUUUGGUUGCCAACGUUAGCUAGCUGGCUAAUGUUAGCUAGGCUAGGGAUUAGGGUUAAGGAUAGGGUUAAUGUUAGGAGUUAGAUUAAAGGUUUAGGGUUAGGGGAAGGGUUAGCUAACAUUCUUAGUAGUUGCAAACAGCUAAAAAGUAGUAAGUAGCUGAAAAGUUGCUAAUUAGCUAAAAUGAUAAAGUUGUCCGUUAUGAAAUUUGAACACGCAACCUUUGGGUUGCUACACAUUCGCGUUAUAUGUCAACCCAUCCACCCAUCCCUUCUUACAUGAUUGCUUUAAGUAACCUUCUGUCUUAUGUAAUCAUAGCAACAUAUCAUACUAAUUUGAGUGUCCCGGAUGUACUUUUAUUAUGUUACGUCUAGUCUAUGAGACCAGGUUGCUAAAUUAUGUAUGAACAAUAGUUCUAUCUGGCUUUUGACACCAUGUCUAGGAGCUUAUUGAUAUUAUAGUCCAAGAGAGUAUUGCUAAAUAAAUAAAGAGUAAUUUUGUAA